AUGGAGAACGCUCAUACCAAGACCGUGGAGGAGGUUUACAGUCACUUCAGUGUUAAUGAAAGCACGGGUCUCGGCCUAGACCAGGUGAAACGGCAAAGAGAGAGAUGGGGACCCAACGAAUUACCAGCGGAAGAAGGGAAGUCGCUGUGGGAGCUGGUUGUUGAACAGUUCGAGGACCUCUUGGUCAGAAUUCUACUUCUGGCAGCAUGCAUAUCUUUUGUACUGGCCUGGUUUGAAGAGGGAGAAGAAACCGUUACAGCCUUUGUGGAGCCUUUUGUAAUAUUGCUAAUUCUUAUAGCCAACGCCAUAGUCGGGGUCUGGCAGGAGCGAAACGCAGAAAAUGCCAUAGAGGCCCUCAAGGAGUAUGAGCCUGAGAUGGGCAAGGUGUAUCGGCAGGACAGGAAGAGUGUGCAGAGGAUCAAAGCCAGGGACAUCGUUCCCGGGGACAUUGUGGAAGUUGCUGUGGGUGACAAGGUUCCUGCUGAUAUCCGCCUGACCUCCAUCAAGUCCACCACGCUGAGAGUGGACCAGUCCAUUCUGACAGGUGAGUCCGUGUCCGUCAUUAAACACACAGACCCGGUCCCCGACCCGCGCGCCGUCAACCAGGACAAGAAGAACAUGCUGUUCUCCGGCACGAACAUCGCGGCAGGCAAGGCGGUGGGCGUAGUGGUAGCGACGGGUGUGAACACGGAGAUCGGCAAGAUCCGAGACGAGAUGGCGUCAACGGAGCAGGAGCGCACGCCGCUGCAGCAGAAGCUGGACGAGUUCGGCGAGCAGCUCUCCAAGGUCAUCUCGCUCAUCUGCAUCGCCGUGUGGAUCAUCAACAUCGGCCACUUCAACGACCCCGUGCACGGCGGCUCCUGGAUCCGCGGCGCCAUCUACUACUUCAAGAUCGCCGUGGCACUGGCCGUGGCCGCCAUCCCCGAGGGCCUGCCUGCUGUCAUCACCACCUGCCUGGCGCUGGGCACCCGCCGCAUGGCCAAGAAGAACGCCAUCGUGCGCUCGCUGCCCUCCGUCGAGACGCUGGGCUGCACCUCCGUCAUCUGCUCCGACAAGACGGGCACGCUCACCACCAACCAGAUGUCCGUGUGCAGGAUGUUCAUUGUAGACCAGGUGGAGGGAGACAGCUGCUUUCUCAGGCAGUUCACCGUUACUGGCUCCACAUAUGCACCUGAAGGAGAAGUGUAUCAGGAUGGCAAACCAGUGAAGUGCUACAAGUACGAUGCUCUGGUUGAGAUGGCGACGAUCUGUGCACUCUGUAACGACUCCUCGUUGGACUAUAACGAGGUCAAAGGAGUAUAUGAGAAGGUUGGCGAGGCCACAGAAACGGCUCUUGCUUGUCUCGUGGAGAAGAUGAACGUGUUUGACACCGAUCUCAAAGGUCUCUCCAAGAUUGAACGUGCCAAUGCCUGCAACUCUGUCAUUAAACAGCUGAUGAAGAAGGAGUUCACGCUGGAGUUCUCACGGGACAGGAAGUCCAUGUCUGUGUACUGCACCCCCAACAAAGCCCGCUCCGCCAUGGGCAAGAUGUUCGUCAAGGGUGCUCCGGAGGGUGUGAUUGACCGGUGCACACACGUCCGUGUGGGCAGUAAUAAGGUCCCUCUGACGGCAGGCAUCAAGGAGAAGCUCUUGUCCGUGAUCCGCGAGUAUGGGACCGGGCGGGACACACUGCGGUGCUUGGCUCUGGCCACGCGGGACAACCCCAUCAGCAGGGAGCACCUGGUGCUGGACGAUUCUUCACGCUUCGUCGAAUACGAGACAGACCUGACGUUCGUAGGCUGCGUGGGCAUGCUGGACCCGCCCCGGGCGGAGGUGGCUGCCUCCAUCAAGCUGUGCUGCCUGGCAGGCAUCCGGGUGAUCAUGAUCACAGGUGACAACAAGGGCACAGCCGUGGCCAUCUGCCGCCGCAUUGGCAUCUUCGGCGAGGAUGAGGACGUGUCGCGCAUGGCCUUCACGGGGCGCGAGUUCGACGACCUCUCAUCCGACGCCCAGCGCGAGGCCGUGCUGACUGCACGCUGCUUCGCCCGCGUUGAACCCUCCCACAAGUCCAAGAUUGUCGAGUACCUGCAGUCUUACGACGAGAUCACUGCCAUGACUGGUGAUGGCGUGAACGACGCUCCUGCCCUGAAGAAGGCAGAGAUCGGCAUCGCCAUGGGCUCCGGUACGGCCGUCGCCAAGACGGCGUCCGAGAUGGUGCUGGCUGACGACAACUUUGCCACCAUCGUGGCGGCGGUGGAGGAGGGGCGGGCCAUCUACAACAACAUGAAGCAGUUUAUCCGCUAUCUCAUCUCCUCCAACGUGGGCGAGGUGGUGUGCAUCUUCCUGACGGCGGCGCUGGGCUUCCCAGAGGCACUUAUCCCCGUGCAGCUGCUCUGGGUGAACCUGGUGACGGAUGGCCUGCCCGCCACAGCACUGGGCUUCAACCCGCCCGACCUGGACAUCAUGAACAAGCCACCCCGGAACGCGCGCGAGCCCCUCAUCUCCGGCUGGCUCUUCUUCAGAUACCUGGCCAUCGGCUGCUAUGUUGGGGCAGCCACAGUUGGCGCUGCAGCAUGGUGGUUCGUUGCUGCUGAAGACGGACCACGGGUCACCUUCUAUCAGCUGAGUCACUUCCUCCAGUGUGGCCCGGAGAACCCCGAGUUUAUGGACAUCAAGUGCGAAGUCUUUGAGUCUCCAUACCCUAUGACCAUGGCUUUGUCUGUGCUGGUCACCAUUGAGAUGUGCAACGCCCUCAACAGCGUGUCAGAGAACCAGUCCCUGCUGCGCAUGCCUCCCUGGGAGAACGUGUGGCUGCUGGGAGCCAUCUGCCUCUCCAUGUCCCUGCACUUCCUCAUCCUCUAUGUGGAGCCUCUGCCGAUGAUCUUUCAGAUCACCCCACUCAACGUGACCCAGUGGCUGAUGGUGCUGAAGAUCUCUCUCCCUGUCAUCCUGCUGGACGAGGUGCUCAAGUUUGCGGCCCGGAACUACCUGGAGCCUGGUAAAGAGCUGGACAAGGCCGCGGACAGGGCCUGCUCGCUCUUUGCCUGGACUGAGGGCAUCUCCUGGCCCUUCAUAGCUCUCAUGCUCCCCCUGGUGGUCUGGAUCUACAGCACCGACACUAACCUGGCUGAAAUGUUUUGGUCUUGACUCAUGAGCACAAAAACCCCCUUGCCCUGUGUGUAGAUAAGGAAAAUGUGUGUAUGUACAAGCGUGUAUGUGUGUAAGAUGUGUGCCUGUGCACGAGAAGGAUCGAGUUAAAACGAUCAUAACAAUAAUAUAAAAAUGUAACAUUGUUCUUUUUAGAAAAAAAAAAGUCUAGUCGCUAUGGAGGGGACCACAGAGUUGAAGUGUUUAAGUAUUAGUGACCAUUAUUGUUAUUAUUAUUAUUACCACGUUUGUGGAUUUUCUGCUGAUUUGGUCUUAAAAUGAUCAAUAUUUUUGUUGCCCUUUUUUAAUCAUUUGGAUGCAUUUCUUAAUUCCCAUGGUUUCCUUUCAAACCAGUAUAAAUACUAACUUUGUUUUGUUUUUGUUUUGAGUGCAUGAAGUUAUAAGAUACAAAGAUUGAACACUAUUUUAUACAAGUCAUUUGUUUCCGGGUCUACUUUGAGUACAGACAUGCCCAUGGAUGGGAGAGACCAGACGAGACCCCUGCUACAUCUGGGCAGCCGUUCAAAUCCUGUUUUCUCUUCUCUCCCACAUAUUUGACGAAUAUAUAGAUAUUUUCUUUAAAGCCAUAACGCAUGGGUUCAACUCUGUACUGAUCUGAACCACAUUUUGUGUACUGAUGCAUUUCAGUAGUCUAAACGCACAAAUCUUUUGAAAAGCCAUGGAGACGAACCAUAAAUCAUUAAAAUAAUAAAAAACAAAACCCACAAGUUUCAGUGUCCCUUACAGCUGCCUAAAUGUAGCCAGGGUGAUGUGGGUGGGGACAGUUUAUUUGUGUUUACGAUCGUCUAGUUGGAAUACUAAACUGGAGUGGCGUGGCGGGAGAGUGGGAUGAGGGAUGGAGAGACACUGAAUGCGUCCACUAAAUCUGCUCCUGAGACGGAAGCUGCAUGUUCUCAAUCUUGCAUGCAUUGUGUAGGGCUUUCAUUUAAGACUUGCCUGUUUUCUCCUUUGUACAAUAACUUCCAUUUUGCUGUUUCUUUUAAAAAACAACUUUUUUUUCUUCUUUUGUUUUGAACCUUUACAUUUUUAAUUAGUAAAGCCAGUUUUUCUGCACUAAGCAGAGUGCAGCUACCUCAGUCCAGUUCCUGUCGUGUUGCCUCCCCUCACACGUUUGAUCCCCAGCCUGCGUACGAUGUGAUCGCUUUCAGGUGCGCCCCCUGUUGGCUUGUGCAGAAAAGGAAAUCAAAUCAUCCCCUCCCUAUUACUAUUUUUGUUUUAAUGAUGUUUCUUUCUUUAGUAUUUUAUAAUUGACUUGUAUUAACUUAAUUUGUGAGUUUUUGAGGCAGGGUAGGUGGGAGAGACUCAGAUGUAAGGGUUAUAAUCUGUGGAUUGGGUUUAGAGAUGAAGUUAACACGAUCGGUUUGUCUUGCAUUUAGAAUAUGAAUUUUACAAUGCAAAACCAAAAUGUUUCCCCCUCCUUUCUUUUCUACUAAGGAAAAUACACUCUCACGGACCGUUUAAAUGAAA